AUGGCAUCCUUCGAAAGCGUCCUGUUGAUCGGAGCUGGUGGCAAUCUUGGUGUGCCAGUGCUGCAGGCAUUCCUUGAUGCUGAACGUUACAAAGUCAGCAUCUUGACCCGUAAGGGAUCUAACUCGGUCUUUCCUGAGGGCGUUAAGGUUUACAAGGCAGAUUACGCCGAUAUGGAGGAACUGAAGCGCGCCAUGGAGGGCCAAGACGUCGUCAUCAGUAUGAUUACCGGACUCGCAGGGGGCGCUCAAAACAUUCUGGUCGAUGCUGCCAUCGCGGCGGGUGUCAAGAGAUUCCUGCCGAGCGAGUUCGGCCCCCCGUCGCGGGAUGAUGCGUUUGCGGCAUUGAACCACGUCGUCCUGCCUCUGAAGACCGCUACCGUUGAUUAUCUCAAGACAAAGGAAUCACAGAUCUCGUGGACGAGCAUCGUCACCGGUGCUUUCUUCGACUGGGCCCUCGAUAUUGGCUUCAUAGGGUUUAACAUUUCGACAAAGACGGCUGGUCUCAUUGACAGUGGAACUGCUGUUUUCACAUCAUCCACUCUCCCUUAUAUCUCCAAAGCGAUUAUCGCAUCCCUUGAACGCCCAGAUGAGACUAAGAAUCAGUACGUCUUCGUUGGUGAAUUCAACGUCUCUCAGCAGGACAUUUUGAAGACGCUCGAGGAAGUUCAGGGCGAGAAGUGGAGCGUCGAGCACCUUGUAUCGGACGAUAUGAUUGUCUCAGCCGAGAAGAGAAUCGCGGAAGGCGAUCUUACGGCUAUGGUAGAUAUCACACGUGCUGGCGCAAUGGGUGAGAGGGGUCUGGGAGACAACAGGCCUUGGGGACUUUGGGAUGAGAAAUUGGGCCUGACGCGUCAGAGUCUGGAGCAGGCCGUCAGAGAAUCAGUCGCCCGCACGGCAGAGUAG